GGUGAGCACCGAGGUGGCUGUCGAGCAGAAGGCGGCAGGUAGCAAGCAACUCUCGUCGGAACGAUACCGUUACGUUUGGUGGACCAAAGCGGUAAACGGUGGAGACGGGACCUGGCUUUAAAAUCUAAAGUACAAGACGUAGUACUGUAAGACAGACAGGUUAAGCAGAAUGCCACUUGCACGAGUUUUGACCAAAGCUGCCAAGCAGGCUCUCCUGACCCCUGGCUGCGGGUGCCAAACAGCUGCCAUUGCUGUGCGGACAAUCAGCUUCUCUCCCCGCCAAGUGACCUCGGAUGCAAGCUUUCAUUCGGUUUCCUUUUCUGAGACGGACCACCCAAAAGUUUUAAUCACAGGGGGUCUGGGGCAGCUGGGAGUUGGGCUGGCUAAACUGCUGAGGAAACGUUUUGGGAACAGCAACGUCAUUCUGUCAGAUAUCAGGAAGCCCAGCACUCAAGUAUUCCACAGUGGGCCUUUCAUCUACUCGGACAUUUUGGACUACAAGAACCUUCGUGAGAUUGUGGUGAACAACCGUAUUACCUGGCUUGUUCAUUACAGUGCUCUGCUCAGUGCCGUCGGGGAAGCCAACGUCCCCCUUGCCCGGGCUGUCAACAUCACUGGCCUGCACAACAUUUUGGACAUCGCUGCUGAACAUGGCCUCCGUCUCUUUGUGCCCAGUACCAUUGGAGCCUUUGGCCCCACUUCUCCCCGGAACCCCACGCCAGACCUCUGCAUUCAGCGUCCCCGCACCAUCUAUGGCGUCUCCAAGGUGCAUGCUGAGCUCAUGGGAGAGUAUUACCACCAUCGGUACGGCCUGGACUUCCGCUGCCUCCGUUAUCCUGGCAUAAUUUCUGCUGACUCCCAGCCAGGAGGUGGAACGACAGAUUAUGCGGUGGCCAUUUUCCACGAUGCCAUAAAAAGUGGAAAAUUUGAGUGCAACCUGAAGCCAGACACCCGCUUGCCCAUGAUGUACAUCGACGACUGCUUGCGAGCAACACUGGAAAUAAUGGAAGCGCCAGCAGACCAGCUAAGCAUGCGUACCUACAACAUCAACGCCAUGAGCUUCACUCCAGAAGAGCUGGCCACUGAAAUUCGCAAACAAUUGCCCGACUUUGAGAUCUCCUACAAUCUUGAUCAAGUGCGACAGGCGAUUGCUGAUAGCUGGCCAAUGAACUUUGACGACAACAACGCACGUAACGACUGGGGCUGGAAACACGACUAUGAUCUUCCAGAGCUGGUGACGACAAUGCUCAACUACAUUGGCUCGGAGUCUCGGAUUGCUCGGGCCAACUGAAUUGUGGAAGGGAAUGAGGGUCCUUGGAGGGGACUAACCAGAGCCAGUGUAUAUAAUGUAAAAGCUUUAUAUAUUUAUAUAUAUAUAUUGAGAGAAGUAAUGGUGUGUAAAUAAUCACUUCUUUCCGCUCCAAAGGCUGCUGUUGCUUGGUAUCCCGGUAAUCUGCAGGAAAGUGGUGUUUAAAAGACUGACUGGCAUGAGCAACUUUGCAGAAUCUAUUUUUAUUAUUAUUUUUUGUGUACUUCUCAGAUGAGUAUCACAAGAAACAAAUCCACUUUGAAAAUUGAAUAAAGCUGGUCAGAUGGCA